UUUAUAAAGAGAUAAGAAAUCUCUCUCUCCCUCACAAGUUAUACCAACAAAAUUCCAUCAUCUUUUGUCUGAACUCAAGAGACAUCUUCUAGAUCAUUAUUCUCCGGCAAAUCUUCCGAAAAAGUCGAUCAUGAUUUCCAUCGUAAUCAUUACUGAGCUACUAGUAGAGUACACGACGGCUCUGGCUAAACUUACCGCCGGGAUUCUUCCGAGACGGCAAGGCGAUGGAGACGUCGUUAGAAUUGGUGGUUUCUCUUUAUAUUGUCCUCCUAGAUCAUCACCGAUUCCGGAUUUUUCUUCUCAUCUCGUCGAUUUCUGAUAUAAGACGAUUGUGGAUUGUUUUUUUCUUUCUUUUUUUCACUACUUUUUUGAUCGAGUUUUGUUUCUUACACACUUUCUUUAAAAUUAAUUUGAAGAGUGACAGCUGAAGAUUUUUUUCUCCCCUUUUGGAGAUAUUAAAUAAUUUAAAGAUUUGUAAACCUUAUCAAAUUAUAUAAUAGAAAUUUAUGAUUUUG